AAAUUAUUAAAAAAAAGCCGUGAAGAUAUGAAAAUAAGCCAUCGCACCUUGCGCGGGGUCCGCCAGUGCACCAGCUGUGGAGCCAUCAAUGGCAAUCGCGCCCAGCUGUGUAGCAACGCCGCCUGUCCGCAGAACAAGAAUGUGCUCGAUGCGGUUUCUCUGAUCUCCCUCCGCGCCGGGUCAACGGUCUGUUCGUUGCGGGAACAGUCUGCCGUGGCCAAGGUGCGAGAGACGCCCAGGAAUUUCGUGGUCAUCCAGGAUGUGACUUUGUCCCUACAGCCGAAUGCGGCUGUGGUAUCCAGCAAGGCCAUCUGCCAUGUGGAGGCCUGCAGGAGCGCCGGCGACAUCGAUUGCCAGCAUGUGAAGGCCUGCCGGGAGCUCGGAUCGGCUAUGCCCAGGGCUCAGGUGUACAAGGUGUCGCGGGAGGUGCUUUGGAAUCUGAACAUCGGGCAGGAGCAGAAGCAACAGCUCUGGCAGCAGUACAAGUGGGCCGAGGACCAGGAACAGCUGCCGGCAGUGCAGCGUCUGAAUGCCACAACCUUCGCGGUAAAGUGCGAGCGCUCUGAUUUGUUUCCGACUGCCAGGCUCCAUGUGACGGCCCUGGCCAAUGGAGUGUCCCCUAAGAAGGGCACCUAUGCCUGUGCCUGCCGCAAGCUGAAGAUAAUCGUGGAGCCAGACAACUCGCUGGUCAUGCAGGACGAGAUUUGCGACCACUUGCUGCUGGUUCUGGCCGGCAUACUCAGCUCACCGCAGGGCAAACGGGUCUAUGGCAACUUCACCAGCAGUCUAAAGACAUUUUGGAUGCCAUCCAGGCUGGAGACGCCGUUGGGCGAGGGCACACAGGAGGAUUUACGUCUCGGCCUGAGCAUGGUCGAUGAGUUCGACCCACAGGUGGAUAUUCUUGUCUUUGGCGAUCAUCUUGAUCUGCCAUUGCCAGACCUGUCCGAUGGCGCCUUUAACUUGGACAGCAUGCAGGCGGCCCCGACCAGCCACAGCACCAGCAACAGUAGCAGUGCCCUGAUCCACUAUGCCAACGAUUCGCAGCUCCUGUCCAACUGCGAUGUGCUCGCCGAGCCCGAGGAGCAGCAUAUCGAGCUGACGGACUGCAAUAUCGAGCUGAUGGAUCAGUACCAGCCCACGGAUCAGAUCGAUCUGGACAUCGAGCUGCCCAUGUUCAGUGGGCCCUACAACAUACUUACCGCCCCGCCCAUUUAUUCGGACACGCCAGCCGUGGUCACCGAACAACUGCCACAGAUUGAGCUGUCCACGAUAGCGGUGGUCAAGAAGACUCCCCUCAAAGCAACGGAAAUCGUCGGCGAGGUGAAAACCCGCAAGCAGCCUCCUCUUCCGGCCAAGCGCGAUUUGAUUGUGAACAGGCCGUCAUCACCGGCCAACAACAGUCUAUGUGUGGAUGCGGAUGUGCAGCCUGCACUGGCCUACUCCGCUUGGCUGGACCAUGUGAUAGAGCUACUCAAUGAUUGCCUCGAGCCAGAAUGCACACCCGAGCCAGGGCUCUCGACCCGCUCCGUCCACCAGAGCUUUCAUGUGCACAAGGAGACUUUUUCGCACUUUUGCAAAAGCUUCAGUGCUGGCAUAAAGAGGCGUCCCCUCCACGAGGUCUCUCUGAUUGAGUCGGGAAAAUACAAGGGACUGACCGAAUACAUUUGGAACUUCACGGCUAGCCAAACGGUUAAGCGCAUCUUUAGCACCUCCAAUAUUCAACUGCAGCUGUCGCGGUCCUUUGAGCGUCAUGCCGAUGGUCACUUCUUGGCAUAUGUGCGGCCUCCCUGCGAGCAACAGGCCCAGGCACAGUUCAAAAAGCGUCAAAUUUAUACCAGACUGAAUCUGUGGAUGGCCAAGAUUCUGUUGGAGCGCGGUAUUCGGUUGUCCUGGACCCCGGAUGUGCUGCCCCGAAGCCACUUCGGUCUCAUGACUGUGGACUUCACGGUGGAAACACGUUCGCCCAGCUAAUGUUAGUUGCAAUCUGAUGUUCUUUAUUUUUACGCUUUAUCAUUAUCUGUAUCUUUUAUCAUUAGUUUUAUAAUCUUCCUCUGCAUCAAUUUCAACUUUUUCAUUGACUUACGAUUAGCUUAAGUGUACAUACAUAUAUUCAUACAUAUAUAUCAUUAGUUUUGUAUAUCGCAAGACAUACAUAUGUAUAAACCGACAAUGCCUCGAUACGAUUUCCGUUUAUCCUUCUUGAUGCGCCACUACAAGCUUUGGGAAAGGUCCCUUCUAUGGCUCUUACUGUGGGGGGGCAUGGGCAUGGGCAUUCCUUAAAAUCUACGGUCUGCCUUUGGAUAAGGGGUAGUAUUCAUCAUCUAUAUGCUUAGCUCUAAAAUCGUGGGCAUGCUUACUUAAGUUCUCGCUACAUUCAGCUCUUUCUUACGAAUCUUUUGGAUUUUUGUAUAAGUUUUGUUGUUUAUUUUGUGGUUUUUGUAUUUAAUUUAUUUACGCUUAACUUUGACAUUCAUCACAUUUAUAAAUUGCAUAACACCGUCAAUUAGAUAAUCUGUUGUGGUUUUUAAUUUUUAAUUUGUUUAGUUUUGUCUUUUGUGAAGGUAGUUUAGUCGCGGAAAGGUUUCCAUUUGCUCGAAAAGUGUGUGCAAUUUCGUUAAGUUUUUUUUUUUUUGGAUUUUUCUUUUGCUCCUUCACAAUGCUGUAGACGAAGCUUUUUCUUUGGCUGUCAUGUACAUAACGCAUGCAAUACAUCAAUAUGUACAUAUACCACCAUAUACCAUAUACCAUAUACCAUAUACCAUACAUACAUAUAUAAAUAUCCAUCUAUAGUUUUAUCGUACUACUAUUCGUGUGUUUAACAGUUAAAAUGCGUAGUUCCUCAAGUUUUGGUAUCGUAAUCGAAAUAUUAUGAUUCUUGUUGUUAUAUUACAGAUGAAGCAUUUGUUACCAUUGCCGUUGUCAGUAUGAGAAUUUACAAGCUGUUCUAACGUAAAUCGUGUAUCGUGUAUCUUAACUAUGUCGGUCUAGUGCCUAAGAAACAGAAUCUCACAAAAAUUGGUCAUUAUUUGGUUAAUAUGUAGAGCGAUCUAUACGGUGUCAGGGUGACAAAUGAUUGGGGCAGCACUGAUCUCACUUCGGUAAGAUCCAGAUUGAAAGUAGAAACGUUGAAGGUGUCCCCCCGCUAGCCUCAAUCAAAGCCCACACUCCUCAGGUAGUCUAACUACCAUUCGAUCGGGGGCGGAGGACACAUGGGUAAUUCUAGGGGAGAACUGAAAUACAUUCAUUCAUUUACAUAAUCAGUAUACAUGCUUAUUCAAGUUAAAGUGUACAAAAAACCAGUCUUUAAAACAUUUUUAUCCUUUCUCUUCCUUUUUGUGAUCAAUAUUUUACACUAAAAUGUAAAAAUAUAUCCUAGUUCUUGUUGCUCUCUACUUGCUUUGUGGGGGCUGCGUGUGUGUCUACAGAACCUUUCCAUUCACUAGAUCGGAUCAGAUAGUUUUCGGAUGCGCCACACAGCAUAUUUAUGGCAAUUCAGAGUGCAGACAUUAAAGAUAAGACUAAAUUUAUCCGUAUCCGGGGCUAACUUUUAAGAACUGUACAGAUUAAUAUUACGUUACGCUGUGAGCCAACACUUGUUUCGGGCCUAUCAAUACGGUAACUCCCUGUGCACUAAAUGAAGAAUGAAACAAUAUUUCCGUGUGAAUUUCGUCAUUCAAUUGUGGCUUUCGUUUUGUUCACAUAGAUCGUAUAUUUUAAUAAUACUUUGCUUGCGUUUAUUUUUAGUUUUACAUUUAGUUUAUCUCGGUUUGCUUUUGUUUUUACAAUAUUUAUAGCUUAAGGAGGCUUAAAAUUAGUUGAUUUCUUCCAGCAGUUCUUUGCCUAAGUUCUAUUUACACUUUAUUAUUUAUCUUAACGUGAUGCUCUUGUGCUUGGUGCCUUCCGUAGGGAGUGAGAAUUGAUUUGCAUCUGCAUUUUGUUGCUCUUGGGAUUUACAGUGAUGUGUGGCUGAUGUGCUCCGUGCA